AAAAAUCAUCUGAUGUAAUAAAGUGAAAGUUUAAAUUCAGUUUAUUUUAUUAUCAAAAUUCCUAAAUCAAAAGAUGAGGAAGCUUCUAAUCAGUUUUUAUAAAAAAACAGCACAAGUUGUCAAUGACCAACAUACAGCAUUAUUUGGAAAAUAUCUUCUUUUGACAAACACAGUUUCCAGUGGAUUUUUAAUGUACAUUGGUGAAUAUUUUGCGCAAAGAAUCCAAAAAUCAAAAAAUAUGAAUGAAAAUGGAUAUGACAGGGAAAAAAUGAAGCAAUUGGCGGUUGUUGGAUUAAGUCAGGGUCCAUUGCAUCAUUAUACGUAUAUGUGGAUGGAACGCUUGUUGCCAGGAAACGCAAAAUCAACUAUUGUAAAAAAAAUUAUGAGUGAUCAGUUCAUUGUUUCUCCAGUAUUCAUCUUGCAUUACUUCUACACAUCAUAUUUCCUCGAAGGACGAAAAGUGACAGAAACAAAUGAGCUUUUGAAGGAUAAAUUUCUAAAGGUUUAUGUUGCCGACUGGCUUGUUUGGCCAGCCACACAAUUUAUAAAUUUCCAGUUUGUGCCGUUACAGUAUCGAGUGCUUUACAUUAACAUGAUUACCAUGUUUUACAAUAUUUUCUUGUGUUAUGUCAAAAAUGAGCGGCACUGAAAAAUUUAUUUUAUUUUAAAACUGUAUAAAAACAUUUAAAAUUGGCUUUAUUAUUUAUUUAUUAUUUUUUUGUUUUUGGUUGUAAGUAAUAUUUAA